AGUUCCAGUCAUUCAUGCUCUUGGAGGGCGGCGUGUUUGGUGAAGGUGCAGUUAUGGAUUGUUGUUGAUAACAAACUCGUAUUUAUACGAACUGAUUCAUUUCGUCUUAGUUUGGAACCACUUGUCAAAUUAGCCGUUCUUGAAAGUAUCAGGUUGACGUCUGUAAAGUGCAUGUUGCCUAGGUCGUAUCCCUGACUUCAGGAGGGUAGGAUGACGUAUCGGUUAUGUUGACAACAAUCACAUUCGACCUCAGCAUUUAAUACAUGUGAAAAAAGAAAACACGCUAAAUAAAUUUGGAGUGCCCUGCAUAUACGAUGGCUGAAGUUGAAGAACUGUCCCCACGCUGCAAAGUCAUGCAUUAUGUUCACGAAGUUCUGAAAUGUUUCAAAGUGGUUUUACGUGUCCCACCCUUACUUGUCAUUGACGAAAUUUUGAAAAGCAUGGGUUCCUCACCUUCCAUAGAGAUGUCACUUGACGUUGCAGAAGAAACAGAAAACAAGGCUAUUCUUGACUAUUCUGUUGUAUUUAUGGCUUUUGUGAAAUUUGUGUGUGGAUCUUUAGGCUGUAUAAUUGCUUUGUGUACAUUUGUAUUAUGGACAAAAAACCUCGUGAAAGUUUAUAGACAUUUAUUAUCAGUUCUUAUCAUCUUUGCUUCUUAUUGGGCAAAUGUCAAUUAUGUUGAGUCAGUUCUUGGUCGCAGAACUGAUACAGAGUGGAAGAACAAUGAAGAUAUUGAUUUCUUGAAUUUGCGAUCUUAUGGCCUUGUCAAAUUUUAUGGACAAACUGCUCUGUAUUGGUAUCCAUUUCUCCAGGCUUCACUUGCUGUUCUUUUCUCAACAGUAUAUGAAGGGCCACGACCACCCUUCCUGUUGCCAUUGAUGUUUUCAGCCCCAAUAAUAUUUACCCUCUCCCCACUGCCUGUUCACAUUGGCUCUUGCACUCCAUUAAUAUGUGCUGUUAUUCCUCUCCUGCUGGUUAAAUAUGUAAUUUGGGUUAAUGUCAUACCUGCUACUCAAGCUCUAUACUCAGGAUAUUGUCAUGUUCAUAAUAUGCUUUCCAACUUUGGAAUGGCAACUUUUGUUGAGGCAGAAUGGACACGACUCAAUGUACCCAGUGUUUUACUUACAUUUUGGCUUCUGAGGGUGUUUGGACAUGCAGUCUUUCUUAGCAUUGAUUAUUUACACAGUGGAGAGAACAACCCUUUAUCAGAUGUAUUGUAUCAGAUGGCAAAGACACUUCUUGUGGGUGGGUGUGACACUCUAGUAGCUGUCUUAGGUAUGACCAGUGUAGUCAGCUAUCUUUGUUACUACUUGGGUUGCCUCUUUCAAUGGGCUCUGUUGGCUGAGGAAGACGAAGAAAAACCAAUUGGCACUGUGUCAGCAAUGCUGUUUUACAUCCUAGCCCUUCAGGCCGGUUUGACAAGUUGUGACCCAGACAAGCGUCUAGUACUGUUGAGCCGAAACAUCUGCUUACUUUUUACUGCACUUAUUCAUUUUGUGCAUAAUUACGUCCAUCCACUUCUUCUAUCAUUAUCAGCAAGUCAUAACCCAGCACUGCACAGGCAUUUGAGAGCAUUGGGUGUGGCUGUCUUUAUUAUAGUCUUCCCAGUGUCACUGCUCAUCUUUCUCUGGUCGAACCAUGAACUGAGCACCUGGCUCCUGGCAGUUUCAGCCUUCAGCAUCGAAGUAAUUGUGAAGGUCAUUGUUUCUCUGAUGAUAUAUUCACUAUUCCUGUUAGAUGCAUACCGUUCCACAUUCUGGGAAAAAUUAGAUGACUACGUGUACUACAUUCAAGCUUUUGGUCAUGUGGUUGAGUUCAGUUUUGGUAUUCUGCUGUUCAUGAAUAGUGCAUGGGUCCUGGUGUUUGAAGCAGGAGGUGCAGUGCGAGCUGUCAUGGUGGGAAUCCAUGCAUAUUUUAAUAUUUGGUGUGACGCUCAAGCCGGAUGGAGGGUGUUCAUGAAGAGGAGGACUGCAGUUAAUAAAAUUAAUUCACUACCAGAAGCAACUUCAGAACAGUUGCGAAUUUUGAAUGAUGUUUGUUCCAUUUGUUAUUCCGAAAUGCUUUCAGCAAAAAUUACCCGUUGUAGCCAUUAUUUUCAUGGUGUUUGUCUUAGGAAGUGGUUGUAUGUUCAAGACAGAUGCCCUCUUUGUCAUGAUAUUCUAUACAGGGUGUCCAGUCAAGAACAACUUUCACAGUGAUCAAAAGCUUUUGCUGAAUCUCAUGGUGGAUGUAUUUAAAGUAGCAGACCACUUUCUGGUUUCUUUUAUGUCUUAUUUUAUGUGAUAGAUGUGCUUUUUGAGGCACACAUUUUUUUCUCUUAAAAAUAUUAAUACAAUACAGGCUGUGAUUUAACAGUGGUUAUUUAAAUGUGGUGGCUUUGUUUUUAGUUAUUGUUUAUUUUUAGCCAAGUUUAUCCUCAGUUUUUUUUUUAAAGAUGUCAAAUUUAUUUUGCUUUCUAGAAAUUUAGGUCUAUUUGAAACCACAUUCCAGUGCAUCAAAUAGAGAUACUCUAAGCACCCUUUUUUAAAAAAAAUUUCUUUUUAUUUGCUUUUGGUUUGUACUUAUCCUUCAACAUUCAUUCUAGUUGUGUGUAUCAAUUGCUCGAAUAAUGUUCUUGUGCUCAAAUUAUGAGGUGUCUUAACAUUCAAUGGACAAAUUAUCAUGUAUGUAAACUUUUAGCUGUUUUAAGAUUUAUGUGGACAGUGUCUUCCAUGGCAGCCCAUUAACAUUGAAUAGACUAAACUUCCUGUAAACGUCCUUCUGUGACAAUUAUGUUUCGUGUGGCCGUUGUAUGUGACAAAGUUUACCUUUUAUUUUACCGUACAAAUAGAUUUAGCUUCUCUCCCCAACUACUCACUUGACAAAUUAACAUUCCAAGUUUAGGAGGUCUUUUUAAUUAUUGAUUGCUUUGGAACAUACAAAUAUGUUAGAAAUAUUAGGUUCAUUCAAACUGUCACAAAUGUUGUUGUAACAAAGAAGAUUUUUAACACAUUCCAUCCAGCUUAGGUUUUGUUCAGAAGUACUGCAUUUUACUUUAUUUUUGUUUGUGAUUAGUUACUUUUUACUGAUCUUGUGAUUCAUUCUCCAAGAGAAAUAAUUUGUCUUGUAUUCCAGCCUUUUGUGUCAAACACAUAAGAAAGUCUCUGGUGUCUCAGAUGCUGUUUUUUUUUUUUUUUUCUGUGCUAAACCUUUUACUGGUGCUCUAGCACAAAGCCAAAUCAGGGCUUGACUUGCACCCUAGAGAUGUGCGAAUCAGGUUUUUUCCCCUCGAAUCGAAUCGAAUCAUGAAAAAAAAUCCCCGAAUCGAAUCGAAUCGAAUCUGCAUCUUUUUUCUCGAAUCGAAUCGAAUCGAAUUUUUGUCCCUGUUUUUCGAAUCGAAUCCGAAUCUCAAGCAAAAAUUUCAUGAUUUCGUUACGUUGUUGUUGGAGCAAUACAGGAAGUGCGUUGUUCAAUAUCAGUAGUGCAAAACAAAUAUUAGUGGAACAAAAAAUAAUUAUAUUUUAUUACAAUGUAAUAUCACAUAAAAAUAUUAGUAUUUGGUAAUUUCAGUCUAGAAGCUAGCUGGCGGGUGUGCAGCGCGCGAUUCAAACGGGAGAGGAAAGGGACAAGAUUCGAAGGCGAAUUACCCUCGAUUCGAAUUUUUCGAAUAGUUCGGAUUUUAAGCAAUUUUCCCGGGAGCGAAUCGAAUCGAAUCAAAGCUGAUUCGAUUCGAUUCGAUUCGAUUCGAUUCCGAACCUUUCGCACAUCUCUAUUGCACCCUUGUAGCCAACUGCAUAUGAAUUAAAUGAUUGGCAUCUCACUGGCCUGUAAAGACUUCUCUUAGUCUUCUUGAUUGUUUCUAUUUAACCAAGAUAGCUAGUUGAGAAAGGAAAGUUUGACUUCAUCAGUUUUUCCCUCCAUAUGUAUUAUAGCUUAGAGGAAUUCAAGUAUCUGUGUUUACAUUGAUAAGUGUUUUAAGUCUUCUGUGAUGUUUGUAUAAAUUAUUAAAUAGUAAAUAUCUUAAUUUAUGUCUAAGAUAAAAUCCUCUACCUGGUCAAUUGUGUGGACAUGGUGAUUUCAUGUUGCAUUUUAUUUUUUACGUAUUGCUGCAUAAACAAACAUAUUAUCUCGUCCAUUGGAUAAGUUCGGAUAAGUUUCCUUUUGAUUUAUAUUUUAAGCAGCAUUAUUGGAUCCGUUUCUAGCAAUCAUUUGUAAGCCCUUGUGGCCCUAUCUGCCUGUGGCUCUGUUCUGUCUCCUCUGUGUCUCACUGUUAUUAGUGGAGCCUUGCGAGGGGCAUGGGUAGAAGGGGUUGUUGCCUGUGCGCCAUUGAGUUAGACUGAUCUAUGAGCGCUUUUGCUGCAAGCGUAGCUUAUGUCAUUUCUGCAGAUGACGCUAUUAAUUAUGAGCCUAGCCAGUUAAUGUGUCAGCAAACUAGUACUGGCAACCAUGCUGUCAUCUGCAUCAGCUUAAGCUCUGCUUGUGUUUGUUCUCUCAGCUGUUUUUGUUUAAAGAAGCAGAUCAGUAGUCUGGAAUGUCCUCCAUUCCUGUUGAAUGGUUUUUUUUACUGCUCUUUUAUGUUCUGGAUGUGCAGCUUUUUAUUAUUUCUCUCUAUUUUUGCUUUACCACUAAGUAUUUUACCUGCAGUCAUCUGUAUGUGUGAUCUUUGUGUAGGUGUGUGUUAGAUUGUCAUAAUAAUCUCAUUUACAAGCUUUUAGACUGUGCAUGCAGAAGAGAUGACCAAUUUUCAGGAGACACCCUUUCAUGUUUAUUUAUUGUUAAGACUGAGGGGAACCAUUUACAAUGAUUCAAAAUCAUAUUUCUCUCAGCUGCCUAAUGUUGACAAUUAUUUAAAUGCUUGCAUUGCCUUACAGUCUUCAGUCAGUAUCUUGUUAGUUUCAAUUGCUCAAACUUCCUGUGUCAGCAAUGUGGGAAUGAGACUGUUGAUGUGAAUGUGCCAGCUGUUUUGUUUAGUUUCAAAGAUAAUAUUAGAAUAUUUUCUUAGCAUAUUGUGCUUCAAACCAUGAAAACUAUUACUUCUUUUUAUUAUAUUUAAUUGCACAUUAAACUAUGUUUCAUAAAA